GAUUUCCACUUUAUCAUUAACAACAUUCGCUGUGGACAAAUCUUUGAUUCAAAACCGACUACAACUUGCAUUCAUCAUCACUCUUACAGGAGUCACAUUCAAGAUGGUGUCAAACCAGAGUCUUCCUAAAAUACCCUACCUGACACAUCUGGAUCGUUUUAUCAUUGGGAGUAUGGUAUAUAACUGGCUGGUAUGUGUUUGGCACGCGGUACUGUCACAAUAUGAAGGUAAAAGUAACCAAGGUGACAUGGACAAAAUCGCGUUCUUUGUUCUGAUUGGUCUACUAGGAUUCUUCCAUCUUGUCUUUUGGCUAGUAGUUCUUAUAAAGAGAAUAUACCAGGAGUUCAAACUGAAGGACAGAGAAUCCGUUUAUCAGGAAAAGGCACUUAGAUUAAUGGGCUCCUCGUGGAAGAGUGAAAGAAUCAACCGUAGAAAUAGAAUUACCAGAAAAAAUAAAAUAGACGCGGGAGGCAAUUUUGUUUGAAGGUGUUACAUGUUCGUAGUGAUUCCUUCCCUUUGAUGGUGUGACGUGAUUAAAAUUGUUUGAAAGGGUUAUUGUAAAUCUGUGAUAUUUUUUAUGAAAUUUUCUCCAACUUUUUGUUAAUUAUUAAUUUUGUUUACUAUACUCUUUUUCUUUAUAAAAGUAAACAACAACAAAAAAUGUUGUUGUUACAUGUGUUACAUUGCGUCUGUAAGGCUUGCUGAAAAUGUGAUAUAAAUUGGGAUCUCUGUUUUGAAUUUGUCAUCCGGGUAUUUUUAGGUUUAGAAGCGAAGUUUCGCUAUCGCGACCUCUAGAUUUAUAUUCGGACUACGUUACCAACGCACCAUUUCGCCCAGUUGUCCCCUUUCAUCCAUUAUUUAGUUUGAACAGAGUUUAAUUUAGUUCGAUAUUGAACGAAGCUUUAAGCUCACAGACACACCUUCAAGCCCGU